UUCCAUGCAGGUCUUCUCUGUCUGUCUGACGUGCCUGGGACUUGGGGAGCAACAGAGGGGAAAAGUGUCCGAGUCCUGAAAACGGAAUGUCUUUCCUGUCCAUCCUCUUCCUCGUUUCCUGUUAUGUUGGAACAUGGGGGACUCAUAUGGAAAUCAAGAAAGUGGCUGAGGAGAAGGUCACUUUGCCUUGUCAUCAUCAGCUGGGGCUCCCAGAAAGAGACACCUUGGAUAUAGAGUGGCUGCUGAUGGAACCUGAUGGAAAUCAAAAAGUGGUGAUCACCUACUCCAGCCGUCAGGUCUAUAAUAAUUUGACUGAGGAGCAGAAGGGACGUGUAGCCUUUGCUUCCAACUUCCUGGCAGGAGAUGCCUCCCUACAGAUUGAGCCCCUGAAGCCUAGUGAUGAGGGCCAAUACAUCUGCAAAGUGAAGAAUUCAGGGCGCUACCAGUGGAAUCGUGUCAACUUGAAAGUCCUGGUGAAACCAUCUAAACCUAAGUGUGAGCUAGAAGGAGUGCUGACGGAGGGAGGGGACCUGACCUUGCAAUGUGAGUCAUCUUCAGGCACAAAGCCUAUUGUGUACCACUGGCAGCGCAUCAAGGAAAAGGAGGGAGAAGAUGAGCACCUGCCCCCAAAAUCUCGGGUUGACUAUGAAAACCCUGGGCGUGUUUUGCUGCAGAAUCUCACUUUAUCUUCCUCUGGACUGUAUCAAUGCACGGCUGGCAAUGAGGCGGGGAAGGAAAGCUGUGUGGUUCGAGUGACAGUGCAGUAUGUACAAAGCUUUGGCAUGAUUGCGGGUGCAGUGACGGGUAUCGUGGCUGGAGCCCUGCUGAUUUUCCUCUUGAUAUGGUUGCUCAUCCGAAGAAAAGACAAGAACAGAUAUGAAGAAGAAGAGAGACCCAAUGAAAUCAGAGAAGAUGCUGAGGCACCUAAAGCUCGACUUGUGAAACCUGGCUCCUCAUCCUCCGGCUCCAGGAGUUCCCGUUCUGGUUCCUCCUCCACCCGCUCCACAGCCAAUAGUGCCUCCCGAAGCCAGAGGACACUAUCCAGUGAGGCUGCAGCCCAGCCAGGGGUAGCCUCCCACCCCUACAGCUUGGUGGGGUCAGAAGCAAGAGGCCCAGAGCCAAAGAAAGUCCAUCAUGCCACCCUAUCCAAAGCAGGGACCAUACCCAGCACGGUCCCUAAUCAGAGCAGAGCCUUCCAAACUGUCUGAGUUGAGAUGGACCCUCCUCCCAUAUACUCUCCUGAUGGCCAGAGUCUUGGGAUGCUCCUGGUUACUUGGAACUCAGUCACCAGUCACCCAGCACCUUCAGGGUAGGGAGAGAGGUCAAUGGGAUGACUACAAACAUUGCAAAGGACGUGCCCAUCUGAGUACUUUGUUUCAACAGGGCACCAAAUAAGGAUGAGAUGUACACUGAGUGAUCUACAAAGAGGCGUUUCAUUAUGCUUUAAGACUGGAAUGGGCAGGAGAAGCUCAUUCCUACCUAUUUCUUAGCCCGGAUACCUGGGGAGGGAUGAGCACGCUAUUUGGCAUCACUACUCUGAUUUACUAUUUCCAAUAAGAAAUAGGGUUUUGCUCAUGAUUUCCUAUGCACCUGUACUGACACCUGUUGAGUUACUAGGUUUAUGCAAAUAUCCAAACAGGGUCCACAGAGAUGUGGAUUAUUCAGAUAGCCUUGGCGUUCACUUACCUGCCCAGUGUAGUUGAUUCACCACUUCUGAGAACACUGAAACACAGAACCCUGACUCUCAUCCUGAUUUUAGUUCACCUGUGGGGAGGCUUGGCCCCCAGUUUUAAGGGGGGAAUUGAAGAGGUCCAAGAAAAAUAUGAAGCAAAGAAGUCUUUCUAUAUUCCACAUGCCUGGAAUCCUGCUACUUAAUGGCAAAGUUCUGUAAAGAAACAAACUGAAAACUUAUCCAGGGACUCACUAAUGGUAUAAAUAGUGUUUUUGUUCAGGGGAUUUCUGAGAAAUAUCAAGAACCUACUCGUAACGCAAUCUUGGCUUUUCUUUUUUUUCUGUCUACCAGGAUUUUUGCUUUGGGGAUCUAUAUAGGAAAAGAAUGUUCAUUACAUGUUCUGAUAUAGUACUAAGUGGUCAUCAAGAGAGAAGGGAUUCUUGGUGGAUAAUUCACAUUUACAGAGUACUUUACAGUUUGGAGCAUACCCCACCCUUCCCAAUCCCAUGAAUAGUGCAAAGGCUCUUUACCCCCAUAUUUCAGAUUAGUAAACUGAGGUUCAGAGGGGCUCAGUGAAUUACUUAUAGCUACCCACGACUUGAACCCAGUUCUUCCAGUUCUUCAUUUAGUGCCCACUUCACAUGCUGCCUCUUCACACCAUGUUGCCUCUGAAUAUUAUAUUAGUCCCCUGAAAUACCACCUUUGUCUUCUCUUCCUGAGGACAUAAGCAACCCACAUUUCAAUACCGAAUGAAUAGAAAGAGGAUUGCCUUUUUCACAUUUGUUUCAAAGGAGUGCUAACAGGAUUCUAAGAAGUUCUGUCUCCACUUGGGGAAUUCUGCCUCCUACUUUUUCCAUAAUAGCUGUGGCUCUAGAAACCUUGGGGAUUCUUGGGCUAUGAAUGAUCCUACAGACCAGGGCUUGACAACCUUUCUGACAGUAAACAUUAAGUAUUUCCCCAUUCUUGGGAGAGUGGGGAGGAAGGAAGCUAGUUUUUAUUAAGCUCUUUCCCUGGCUAAGCAUGGUGAAUACAGAUACAAACAAAAAGAAAGAUAAUUCCUGCCCUCUAGGAGCUUAUGUUCCCAGGGGGAUAGACAACAUAAGGGCGUGGGGGGAAAAUGUAUCUGUUCACUGAAGUGAACAGGGUCAGGAAGGUGGAGCAGGUGGUGAUAAGCAGGUGGUUUGGCCAAUAAGAAAGCACCUGUCCAAGUCUUAGAGCAUUAGCAGAGAUCCGUGCUCCUUUAGCUAGAGGUAACUGUGUGCAACAUAAAACCAAAGUUGGGAAAGGAUUUUAUGGUGGGAGGGCUAGCUGGCCAAGUAGUGGUCAGACUUGAUUUUCUUUCACUCAGCUCAGAGGUUAAGUCUUUGGCAGCUAACCACUUAUCAGUUAGCAUCUUAAUGGGGAAGAGGAAGAAUCCAGGAAUAGUGAAUAAAGCAGGGGGCUGGGCGGGGGGAGCGGUGCUGCCAAAUCAAAUUUCUUUCUAAAUAAUCUUGUCUAUAUUGUUUUAAAAAUCAUCUGUCCUUUAAGUAGAUCCAAUUUCCCCUUCCAGAGCUGGUGACACUACACACCCCUUCUCCCCGCCACAACACACAUAUACGGUCCACUUGGGAAUAAUUAGUGGAGUAGAACACAAGGGCAGAAUCCUAAGAGAGAAAAGGUAAAGCUAAAGAUGGAAAUCUAUAUAUGUAUAGCUUCUCAAAUGAGGGUCUCGGUGUUAAAGUAAAUAUUCUAAUGCAGACAAUAGUUUCACUGGCAAGUACUUAGCAAGGUUACUGUCCCACUAAUCUGGUUUUCCAUUCCCACAGUUAACUGCUGGUUCAUCACACAAUAUUAAAUUCAAGCAUUACACCCUUAUUGGCUCUAUAUAAAAUGAAGCAAAAAAAAAAAAAGAUGGAGAGGUGGGAGCAAGGCAUUAUUCUGUGGAAUUUGCCUUGGAACCUGUCCAGCAACGUCUUCAACUGAGUUAAGAUUAUACGGGAAUUCCACAGGCCUUCCAGAUUUUUGAUUAGUGUCCCAGAUUUCCAUGCCAUCUCAGUUUCCUGCCUAUGCCUUCAUCAACAGAAAUUUUUCCUCUUUGGAUGAAGAGAAACAAGUUUGGCUCCUCUGAAGAGCCUAGUUAUCAGAAGACUAAAAUCCCUGUCCAAUGCUCAAAUUAUUUUGGAACUCUUUUCACUGUGGAAAUGUACAACAGAUUCAUAGUACAGAUUGUUACCCUGGAAGUAAGAAUUAGGAAGGAAAGUUGCUGGAGUAUUUAUUUAGAGAGGCUUUACCUGUUACUUUGGAGGUCUGAAGAUAAAGGUAGAUUUAUUGCUGUUCCAAUCUGUAUUCCAUUAACCAUUGAUUCUUUAAUAAGGGACCAAAAAACCCCCAAAGUUGGAAAAAAUUUUGUGCAUGAAAGACUAUUUGGUUUGCAAAGAGAAGAUGGAAUGUUGAUAAUGUUUAGAAAGAAACCAUUUUAAUAAAAUAUAUAAACCAAACAAUUUUAUAUAUUAAUGUAUUUAAGACAAUUAAUGUUACACUGUAUAUAAACUUU